GAUAAAUUUAAAAAAGUUUAUUUAUUCAGUGAUAAAUAUUAAGAAGUAAAAGUUUUACAAGAGACACCUGUUGAAAUCCUACGCCUUUUCUGUUAUUAUUUGUAUUGACAUAGUCGUGGUGUAAAUUUAUCUGAGUUGUUUGUGAGUCUGUGAUUUUAUCAGUCAGUAAUAAUGGCGGUGGAAUUAUUAUCAGGAAAAGUAUUUAUUUUAAUAACUGGAGCAAGUAAAGGAAUUGGACGUGAAAUAGCAAUUAAAUUUUCAGAAUUAUUAGACAAAGAUUCACGAUUACUAUUAUUGGCACGUGAUGAAAAUGGUUUGAAGGAAACAGCUGGUAAAAUACAUAAUCAUGUUAAUGUUGACUACGUUAGCGUUGAUUUAUCUGUAGCAAAAGCUGAUCAGUUAGCUGGUAUAAUUAAUAAAUAUGUAAAUCCUGGUGAGUAUGAUCGUGCUGUUGUUGUCCACAAUGUUGGAUCAGUUGGAGAUUUAUCAAAGUUUACUAUUGACAUGGAUGAUUUUGAUGAGUGGAGAAAAUAUUAUGAUUUAAAUGUAUUUUCACCGGCUGUUUUAAAUUCUGUUUUCAUGAAAAUAUUUAAUGACAAAGUUCAAGCUAAAAAACUAGUUAUUAAUAUAACGUCACUCUGCGGUAUUGAACCUUUUAAAUCUAUGGGUUAUUAUUGUACUGGAAAAGCUGGACGUGAAAUGUAUUUUAAAGUUUUUGCUCAUGAAUUCCCUGAGGUGAAUGUUUUAAAUUAUUCACCAGGUCCAGUUGAAACUGAUAUGCUGAAAACGAUAGCAGAAACUGCUGCAGAUAAUAAUCUGAGAACAACUAUGAGUAAUACGCGUAAAGAAAGAAAGCAAUUGACUACUGAUCAAACGGUUGAUCGUCUUAUUGGAAUAUUAAAAGAACAAAAGUAUAAAUCAGGCGAUCAUGUUGAUUAUUUUGAUAAAAUUUAAAUAGUAAAUAGACUUUUGUUAUUUUCUUAUAUAUUUACAUAAAUAUUUCAACUAUAACAAAUUAUUUUUUAUAAUAAUUUUUUUUUUAUAAAAAAACUUGCUGUAAAAAACAGUUAAACAAUAUGCUCAGAAGGUUAAACUGAUAAGUAUGAGGAAUAUAUUAAAAAUUGUAAAGGAAAAUAUUAUUGACUUAAAUAAAAAAUUUAUUUAAACGAUUAA